GCUUGUCGUAACACUUUUUUUUUUUAAAAACUGUUGAUUUAGUUUCAUUUUUUUAUUUUUAAAUAAUGAGUGGUGAGCAAAAAUUUACAAGUAAAGAAAUCAAACAAAAUAAACAAGAUUAUGAAUUCGUUCCAUAUGAUACCGCAUUAUCACUUACAACAUAUGGAAAAUUUCAAUAUAAUUUAAUUGGUGCAAGUGCAUUAACACUAUUGGCAACAGGGUCUCAAUAUGGAUUAUCAGCUUAUGUACUACCAUCAGCUCAAUGUGAAUUACAGUUAACCUCUGCUCAAGUUGGUUUUAUUAAUGUUAUGUUUAUGAUUGGUUGCUGUUUAAGUUCAUUUUUAUGGGGUAUAUUGGCUGAUACUGGUUUAGGGAGACGUAAUAUAUUGAUUGCAACAUUAUUCAGUGAUUCAAUUUUAACAAUCAGUUCCAGUUUAAUAGCUCGUUCAUUAAACACACUCGUUAUAUUUCGUUUAUUAAAUGGAUUUGUUAUUGGAGCUCCAGCUACAUUAAUAUUCUCAUAUUUAGGAGAAUUUCACACCCAAUUAACACGGCACAAAUGUCUUUGUUACACUGGAAUGUUUUAUACACUUUCUUGGGUAUUACUACCAGCAAUUGCAUGGGCAAUCAUACCAUUACCAAUUCAUUGGAGUAUAAGUUCAACAUUUACAAUAUUAUCAUGGCGUGUUUAUAUGGCUACAAUUGGAAUUAUGCCAUUAAUUGCAGCAAUAUGGUUAUGCUUUUUACCACCUAGUCCAAAAUUAUUAUUAGUGAAAGGUCACAGUGAAAAGGCAUUAAAUAUAUUACGAAAAAUGUAUGAAGUUAAUACAGGAAUGCCUAAAGAAACAUUUCCGGUAAAACAUAUAUUAAACGAAACAUCAAACCUUAAAAAGAACCAAUUUGAAAACGAACAAUGUCAUGAACAUAUGAAAAGCUCACCAACACCAGUUAAUGGAAAAACUGCAAGAAUUUUAAGAGAUAUAAUGAAUCAAAUUUGUUCAUUAUUAAAACCACCAUUGCUAUCAUAUACUUGUUUAGUAAUGUUUAUGAUGUUUGCGAAUAUGUUUGGCUAUUAUGGUAUGGGAUUAUGGCUUCCAGAAUUUAUCAAACGUUUCGAUGCACAUUAUUCACAAUUUCCCAAUAACACUAUUACUGUUUGUGGAUUGUUUGAAGAAAAUUAUCUCGAAAAUUUUGUAUCACAUCCAGAACCAUUAACAAUGUUAUUAACUUCGCCUGAAUCGGCUUUGGCUAAAUCAAAUAAUUCGUUUGUGAAUGCGAUAGAAAUCGAAAACUAUAUCACAGCCAGUAAGCCAGAAAUUGAAUGUGUUGAGAAAAUUGAAACAAACACUUUUAUAAAUACCAUAAUUAUGGGUACUGUAUGUUUAUGUGGAAAUAUAUUAUCUGGAGUCAUAGCUGGAUUUUUUAAAAGCAGACGUUUAUUACCAAUAGCACUAGCUGCGAUUGGAGGAAUAACAUCAGCAAUAAUAUUUUGGGUAACCACUGCCGAACAAAACGUUAUUGUUGCUAGUAUUUGUUUAACAGCAUUUGCUACAGGAAAUAUGGUUCUUAAUAGUGUUAUUGUUGAUAUAUUUCCAACUUCUGUCAGUGCAUUGGCUGUGUGUACGGCAACAUUUGCUGGAAGAGUUGGAGCCAUCAUAUGUAAUCUAGUUUUCGGACUACUAUUGGAAAUAUCUUGUGAAAUUCCUUUCUUUCUUGUCUCCGCAGUUGUUUUAGCAAGUGCAGUGAUGGGAUUUUUAAUCCCAGAAGGACCUGUAAACUCAGAUUAUCCAUCAAGAAGUAUAUCACAAAGAAAUUCACAAAAAUUUACAAAAAAUAAACAAACAUUGGAUGUAUCUCAACAUAUAUGA